CCUCCCUUCCCCGCGCCGAGGAUCUGCUGGGGCCGCCGCCAGGCAAGUUCGCCCGAGUGCGCGGGUGCCGCGGGCCGAGAUGCUCCUCCGGGACUUGGUGCUGCGCCGUGGCUGCUGCUGGCCCUCUCUGCUGCUGCACUGCGCGCUCCACCCGCUCUGGGGCUUCGUGCAGGUGACGCACGGUGAGCCCCAGAAGUCCUGCUCCAAGGUGACCGAUAGCUGUCAACACAUCUGCCAGUGCCGGCCCCCUCCCUUGCUGCCCCCACCGCCCCCGCCCCCACCGCCUCCCAGACUCCUCUCCGCCCCAGCCCCCAACUCUACCUCGUGCCCCGCUGAGGAAAGCUGGUGGUCAGGGCUGGUGAUCGUCAUCGCGGUAUGCUGUGCCUCCCUGGUGUUUCUCACUGUGCUUGUCAUCAUUUGCUACAAAGCCAUCAAAAGGAAACCACUGAGAAAAGAGGAGAAUGGCACCAGUGUUGCUGAGUAUCCCAUGACCUCCUCGCAGAGCAACAAAGGGGUGGACGUGAACAGCGCUGUGGUGUGAGUCUGCAGACCCCGGACUCGCUGGCCAGAGGGGCACAUUGGUGGCAUUAGUGGACACGGGAAAGCAGGAGGACACGAGCUGACUCUGGGCUUGUCCAGGAUUUCCCGGGGAGAAACCAUCCCGUUCCCAGCCUGCCCCUGGUCAGCUCGCGGGCCAGCUCGCCUGCGUGCAGCAGCCCGGGCCGCACCGCCACACCCACUCUUCACGUCUCUUCUCCAUCUUGGAUUUGAUUUACUGCCUCCCAGCUGCGCUCUGACAAAGGCAGGGAGUCCGUCUGUCUGCUGGGGUAGGGGGGCAUCCUACCUUAGCCAAGAGAAAGGUGAUCCAGGAGUCACUUGCCUGCCAGAAAACCUCUCCUCCUCCCCAGGAAGACUGCUCUCCAUUCACCAUGCGUCCCAGCAGAAGCCAUCAGCACAGCCAUGAGAUGUCCCCUUCCAAAGGUGCUUCCCACACAUCUGUCUGUCACCCCAUCGGCGACUUGUCUUUAGUCUUCAGGGCCUGCCUCCUUUCUUCCUGUUCCCUCCCACACCCCCGGCGCCUGGCUCUUGACUUCUGACCCCUGCCACGGUGGGCUGUGAGCCCAGCCUGCAAGGUCCCCUCCUGACUGAGCAGAGGGGCUCUUUUACACCCAGAGCUAGUGUCUGACCUUCCAGGGGCAAAACAAGUCACUGAACGCCACGCCAAGGACCCGGGAAGGACAGAGCCCCCUCUACCCAGUCGCAGACUCAUUUCCACCCCUGAUCCUCGUAGGAACUGAUGCCUCCAUGUGAGCCACGCCCUGCCUUCAUCCGGAGAGGCCACCACUCAUGCCAAGCCCAGCACUUUGGGUUAGGCUGACCCGGCCUGGCGCUGGGUCUCCCCGAUGACCCCCUAAGGCCCUUCCCAGGUACUCAGACCCUCUCCGGAGAGUCCCCAGCCUCUCUUCAUCCGGAAGGAGGUGGUGUUCUCCCAGCGGCCCCCUUCGAAUGUCUUGUGUUCUAAAAAUGCUGAACUGUCCAGAGGGGUUGGUGGACGAAGGGAAGGAAGGGGAGGGAGGCAGGGAGAGGGCCCUCCGGCCUGGUAAUCUUGGUCCCCCGGCCUGUUUCCCAGGUGGCCACCCAACCUGUGGGCACAUCACUAGGCCCGUGGGGACAGAGGCCUGUGGUCUGGCAUCGCCUGGAUUGGGAGAACACUCCUGACCCCGUGGUUCCCUCACCUCCCAUACACUUGCUCAGAAGGAAGUGGACACAUUUAACGGUUCCGCUCUCUCUGUGUAGGAACUGAGCUAGGUGGACUCCGUCCACUUUCCAGACCACCAGUGUGGUUCUCUGAAGGGUAUUUGGGCCACGGUGAGACUUUGCCAUCCAGGUAAGCCUGACAAGACAGUAAACAAAUCCCCGUUUGGGCUGAACCUUGGAAAUCCACCUUGGGUUGGGAAUCCCUUUGCCCAUGGAGCUGUGUUCCAUUGUGUUUCAGAGAGCAGAGGGGAGAAGGUGAGUUUGCUGUGACCCUCACCCGGGUCCUCCCCGCAGGUCAGCAGGAACAGGCUGAGGACAGGCCCAGGCCCAUACCCUCCCAGAAAGGGCUCUGUUCUUCCUUUCGGUUUUCCUUCUGUGUGAGGACCUGUGUUUGGUUUGGAUUUGCGUUCUGCUUUCCCUGCCUACCUUGGCAUGGCACGGUGCCACCAGUGGCCUUUGUCACUGCCUCGAGCUGGUGACAAAGGGCCAGGGGAUGUGGGUCUGCAGCAAGGCUCUUUCCCUUACUGCCUGUAGCCUGCCACCGAGUCCCCUGCGUGUUCCCUGAACAGACACUCGGGCGGGACCCCAGCUCUAUGCACACGGCACCUUGGGCUCAGAAGUGAUGGGAAGACACCUUCGGUCAGAGGGGAAGGCCCUGACUAAGGGGUCAUGACAUGAUGGGCAUCCAGCCUGGGGAGACCUCAAGGGAGGCAGGGCACAGCCCAGCUUUGCACAACCCCACAACUCCCACCUUCCCUCACCCUGGCUGAAACCUAGGAGGUUUUACAGUUGGCCUAACCCUCCAGCCGCAGGCAGGGUUUCCCAACUGUCCACCCUUGGCAUCCACCUCGCUCUAGGGACACGGCCAGGGCUCCACAUUUGCGCAUAAAUUCCCCCCACAUCGGGUUUGUAAAGUCUCCUCUCUCGGCUAGUACAAACCAAGAGAAGAACCCAGUUUUUAAAAACGAAGUCACACGAGAUUUCAACCCCACAAACCUAGAACUGGCCAUUUGGAUACCUUCCUGUGUGCCGCAAGGAGGCCUCACUGGAUUUUUCGCUUAAGUGACAAGAAGCAUCUGUAAAACCACACCAACCUGGUCUUUGAAAUCGGAACUUUUGUUUAAGGAACGUAUCUGCAGCCCCUAAACGCAGACCAAUCUUCAGGCUAGCCCAAACUUUGAGGUCGAGAAAUGCACAUUUCUUCUCUGCAUUUUCUCAAAUGGAUAUUUUUUAACUGUCUCCUAGUUGAGCCCGACUUAGAAUGGCAUAUAGGAUCUCCCAGAGUUUUUAGGUGUUAUUUAGAAGCUUCUAAAGCAAGUUUUGGAAGAAAGACUAAUAGCUAUAAAAAUAUAGACAUAUAUAUUAUAUAUAGUUAUAUAUAUAUUUAAAGAGAUAUCUAUAUCUAUAUAAAAUUACUGUACUCUCUGAAUCUGUACACAGUCUGACUUAAACAGCCCAGGUAGUAUGGGCUAUCUAAUGCAUGAAUGUAAAUAUCCUGAGAUCUGCCUUCCUCGCAAUGUGCCGUGUGCAUACGGGGAGAGGGCUCUUGUCUCUCAUUCUGUCUCAACGGACAAAUGUGCAAGUGGUGCCGUCUUGUCCACCAGCGAGCCACUAAUGUGGAUUUUGUGCUGAGACCACGCAGGGAGCAGGACCGGCAGCACUGGGGGGGCAGACUGGAUGCUACUUAUGAGGAAGAAAGUACCAUGCCUUUUUUAUUUUCAAUAAAAAUACACUUAUACAGAUGA